AUUUCCAUCCCCCCCUACUCACGCCACCUGGUGGUUCAAUCUGGCUGGCACCAUUCCAUCCAAAGGGGAGGAGGACUUCCUCACACUGGCUGCCUCUCGCCUCAGCCACAGGAAGCGUGUCAUCGGGGCCGCUGUGGGCGUGGCCAUGGUCCUGGUGCUUCUGGUCGCCAUCCCCCUGUUGGUCCACACCACGAAAGGGGGUGGCACCGGGGGUGCUGCGGGGACCCACUACGAGAUGCUGGGGAGCUGCAGGAUGGUGUGUGACCCCUACACCCCCCCUCAGGGCAGCCAGGAGCUGGCCGCCGUGUCACCGGCACCCCCAGAUUUUACCGGGAGGCGUGGGAAAUCGGGGUACAGGGGAGCGCCAGGGCUACCCGGCCCACCCGGCCCCCGAGGACCCCCUGGAGAGCCAGGGAAACCAGGUCCCCCGGGGCCCCCUGGGCCUGGGCCGGGGGGAUACGUCCCCUCCUUCUACAGCCCCAAGAUCGCCUUCUUUGCCGGCCUGCGCAAGCAGCACGAGGGCAGCGAGGUGCUCAAGUUCGACGACGUCGUCACCAACGUGGGCAACUACUACGAGCCCAGCACCGGCAAGUUCACCUGUCCUCUGCCCGGCAUUUACUACUUCACCUACCAUGUGCUGAUGAAGGGCGGGGACGGCACCAGCAUGUGGGCGGACCUGAAGAAGAACGGCCAGGUCCGGGCUAGUGCCAUUGCCCAGGAUGCCGACCAGAACUACGACUAUGCCUCCAACAGCGUGAUCCUGCACCUGGAUGUGGGGGACGAGGUGUGCGUGCAGCUGGAUGGUGGAAAGGUCCACGGGGGCAACACCAACAAAUACAGCACCUUCUCUGGCUUUCUCAUCUACCCUGACUGACCCCACCACCCCCUGACCAUAGCCUCACCCCCUAUACUGUCACACCCCUUUUUCUGGCCCUGACUCCACCCCCAAACACACCUCCACUCACUGAGACUGCUGGAAAGAGGAGGAGCUACAAGCAUACAGGUUACACAAAAUGACUUUUUUUUUUUUUUUAAUGUUAAUUAACUGGAGGCUGGGAAAUAAGUGGAAUGUAUUUUUUUAAAAAGAGAGAAAAAGAGGUAUAAUGUGGGUGGGUUUUAUUAAAUGGAACCACUGCAGAGAUUGGAGAAAGCCUGGGCUAAACUGGAUUGUAAACAUUAAGGAGUUGUUUACAAGGCAUGUUAUGUGAGAUAUUGACAAACCAUUAACUCCAUAAACCAAAUUCAUUCAUUGACCUCUGAUGUGUGUAUGUGUUUACUUAUGAGGAUGUACAUACCCACCACUCCCCCCGUCACCCAUGUACACACACAAGCGCACACACUCCCACAGACAGACUUACAAACACACACACACACAUUUCUGGAGUGUUAACAUGUCUCCUGUCAUCAUUUUAUUGAGAAACAGACAGAUGUUUACACGGGUUAGCAUUAAAACACACGACCUUCUCCAGUGUCAGUCAGCUGACAAACGCACUACAGCUUUCUAUAGGCUACUAUAUAUUUGAAGAGCAAACUGCAAAUUGUGUGAUCAGGUAGUAUGCAUAACCGUGGAGCUGCAGGUCAGAAGAACAUUGUAAAGGUGAUUAGAUGUUUCAGAACUACUUGUGAAAUAUGUGUUUGCGUCACCGUGGACUUCGAUAAUUUUUAAAUGUGGAGUUACGGAAAGGAAAACUCAUGAAAGUGACGUUAUUUCUACACGACCUAAAAUGGGAGCUACUGCGUCGCGCGGCGGAGACAGGAUAUGACUGUAUAAAAAUGCGCGCGCACACCGCGGGUUCUGAUGAUUAAUUUAAGUCCCCUUGCACAAUUCGUUUGACUUAAAGUGACCGCUCUGACUGUCUGCGCGGAAUUGGAAAUCCGGCCUGAACACGUAUAUUUACAAGGCACAGUAAUCGAAGGCGCGAUGGCUCACCGCGGAGUCUGUGCUCUCCGACAUGGAUUUCCAAUAUUUCCAAAGACACCACGAAAGGGAAAAAAUCAUAUAUUGAUUUAACCUGUUAAUACACCCACCACUUUGAGCAGAGUCCAGUAUGCAAUUUUUAAACUAAGCGUCACAUUCUUUUUAGUGAAUGCUGGUGUGAGCUAAAGACGAGUGGUUGACUAAAUAUAUUCAAUGAUGAUAGUGCUUCUUUUUCAGUAGAUUUUUGAGAAGUCGUUAUAGGCACCGUCCUUUAAUAUUAAAGACCUGCAGUAAAUCAAUAUUAAUGCUUUAAUACUGCCAACGAAAAAAUGUUCAAUUGAGAUGAACACUCUUACUUAAAGGCUGAAUUUGGCACUGCAUAUGAUUAUUACUACUGGUAUUAGCCUCACACCGUUCAGAGACCAAUCAGUUAGGAAACCUAUCUGCAAAUGCAUUUUUGGGUAUGUAAUAUAUUUUUACACAUUAGUGCGAGAUUGUGUGAUAAUUUUGAGAAUUUUAAGUUUUACAUUUACUUUGCAUUUAAAAAGAUUGAUAUCACACAUCACAAUAUGUAAGACUAGCAUAUCAUUUUUUAAAUGUGCAAACUGGCUGGAUACAAUGGAAGGAUUUAAGAUAGCAAAAUAUUAAUGGCUUGAACAGUCGGAGAAGGACUGGUUGAUUUGUUUGAAUCUGAAAUAUGCAGAGUAAUUCCAGGUACAUGUUUAACGCAGGGUGGGGAAAGGGAUCUGUUUCAGUGGUUGUCCAGUGCCGCUAUCGGUUCUGUCUUGGCUACGCCAGUGUACACUAGCUGCAUUUCCACACAGCUUGCGCUAAUGGCUAAUGAGCUAGCCCAAGCUGGGGCGUCUUACCUUCCCAGAGCCACUUCUGAGCUUCACUAGGGCUUCAGCAGCACCUGCUCUGUGCUUCAAGCUUUUGCUACAGCCCUUCUAACACACUGGUCCUCAUUGGGACAGUCAGGGUAAAGGGGAAGUCACGGUCAGCGGUGGGAAAAACAGGUAGCUUCUACAACUUCCAGAGGUUGGCUUUUCUAUGGGUUACUGAAAUGAAGGAGGUCUUGUAGCUAUGCGAGGAAUUCAGAGUUACGGUGGCACCUCUGUCAGUCUUUGGCAAUUGGCUUCAGGCUCAAAAUCCGGCAUGCUUUUGACCGACCUGGGUGGGGCUGACAGUGGAAACGCGGACACCGUGUCCAGGAGACCUGGAGGGUAGAACUCUGGGAAUUCCAAAUAAUAAAAGUAAGAGGGAUCAAAAGAUUUUCUGAUAAAAUAAAUGGGGUUUCCAGUUGUAAUUUAUAGUUGUGGUCAUUAAGGCAAGUGUUAAGACCUGGGGCCAUUUGGAAUCUUUAAUCUUCUUAUGCGUCAGAUGUCUGAGACAACUUGAAAAGAGGUUAUCUUUAAUCUAUAAAACGGAUUGAACAAAGUCACAGAGUCACACUGAGUGCUUCCAAAAUACCUCUGCCCCGAUUCAGCAAAGAUGCCCUUUUCCUAUGGGGGAGGGGGGGGGGGGGGGGUAUUCAGCAUUUCAUUUACUAAUCGCAUGUUAUCGUAAUUCUUUCCGUCAAACCCAGACACUUCUGCAUUAGAAUAAUGGAGCAUAAAAUGGCCGACUGUACAACUCUAAAUGCUGCUGAGUUUAAGGCUAAAUACAAUAUAUGUAAUCAUGUUUGUUCAGUACUGCUAGUUCCACAUCAGUGUUUUGAAGCAAGUUCUGGCGUUUUGUGUAAUGAAUGUCUCGUUGAGUCAGGCCCAGGUCUGGAAGCAAGUUUUAUCUGGUCCUGGUGAACAGGAAAUGACAUCAUUCUUCGCACACAUUUCUCCUGACAUUAAGCAUGGCCUUACUGGUGAGUUUGCAACCCUAGCAAAGUGAGCAAGAAUACUGGUUAGAUCCCAGUCUGCUAAGUUAAAUCAGAUGUAUGCAUGCAUGCGUGUGCACACAUUUGUGCGUGUAUGUGCAUAAGUGUGCAUGUGUGCGUGUGUGUGUCUGUGUGUCUGUGUGUGUGUGAAACAGGGAGGCCGAGAUAAAUAUUUAUUUUGCAGACAAACCCCACCGCCUCAAUAACAUACAAUGUAAUGUAGACAUUAUGUCCUUGGGUGUAUGUGAAUUUUUACUUGUGAACCAUGUACCAUACAUCUGCCACCAGGUAUGUUUACCUGCACUCCUAUAGUGUUCAAUAACUAUUUAAAGGUGAUGUUUACUAUUAACUGUAUGGAUUGAUUAUUGUCACUGUGCCAUACAGAGCUGUGUGUAACUUAGUUUAAAAAGAAAGAAAUAAAACAAAUAGCCCCAUUGCCCUGCCUUAUUCCUUAAAAAAAGACAAACCAAUAAAUAGUAUUCAAAUGUA